UGUCAGUAUUCAGUGGGAGGGUAAGUUAGACAGCAGCAGCCUCGGAGCUAAAACCAACGUGACAGACUGGAGUCCUAAUAACACCACCCGAACCAAGAGCAGCAGCUACAGAAACCUUAAUACUGUAUAUGGAGACUACCAGUUGUCAUUUGUCGACUGCUGCAUAAGGAGAGCGAUUCAACCGGCUCCACAGCAGCGAACGCAAACCGCAGUGGAUGUUGUUGCAUUGUUCACGUGAAAGGAAGAAAAUCGUUGGUUUGCAGCGGAUCCGCGUGCAGUCGACCGGAACCGGACUCUGUUUGUGAUUUGUCAUGAUGUUUUAUCACGGGAUACAUCGUUACGCUGGAUACCGAUUUCAUUAGACUCAUCAUCAUCGCAUCGCGUUGGGUUCAACAGCCCCGUGUUGAACUUGGCCUGUCGAGCAAACAGUACGAUGAACGCGUAGCUGUGCUAAAUCUAUGGAAUUUAUAUUUUCAUGACCAUUCGGUUUUAUAGCCUGGAUUUGUUUUGUCUCUAUUAUAAUUAUUGGGCUAUUGCCGCUCUUAAUUUAUUCGCUCGGCCAACUGCAGCUAUCGCUUUGUCUACAUCAGAGGGGAAUGGAUAUGACGAUACGAAAGUAAAUCUGGACCUGGUUUUUGGUUUCGAAGCCAGGUUUCCUGCACUCUAAAGGUCUGAAGAACAUCAAGGCUCUUGCCCUUUUCCCUCUUGUGGUCCCUUAUGCCCAAUGACGGCUGUCUCCGGGUCACUGCAGGAUGGAUGAAGUGGAUUUGACAGUUUUUGUCUGUCACCAUCAGUGCUUGCCUCUCAGUGACUGUGUCUUGUUCUUUUACGUUUAUAAAAGAACACCUCCUCUCUUGGGCUCUGGCCCUUUACACUGUAAGAGUAACUGUUAGUAAGGAAUACCUCACGGAGGGGGCCUUCCUGCAAACUCUCUGGUUCACAUGAGCUGUUUUUCAUAGGCUUUUUGUGCACAGUCAAAACAGGAAGAGGACAUUUUUGCAAAAGUCAAAGUUUACAAGUUUUUUCAUAAUAAUUUAUUUAUACAUUUAAGUUUGUUUGUUUUUUUCCUGGAGAGAUGUCGUCAGAAAAUCCUAACAAGGUGGUGACCUUCUUGGCACCUCCACCUCCAAAGAAUGUGAAUGGCUCCGGUUCGGACUCACUGGUGGCUGAGAAGCUAGACACAGAGGUCAGGAAGCGACGCCACACCAUGGAUAAAGAUCUGAAGACGGCUGAGCACAGAUUUUUUAGGCGUAGCGUCAUCUGUGACUCCAAUGCCACAGCCCUCGACUUGCCCAGCAAAGCCUGCACCUCGCAUCCAGACUGCGAGCAGUUUGUCGUUCCUGUGGUGCUUAGUUUGGCCCCUGAUGUAACUAUUGACACGCAAUCGGGUGUUUCGGGUAUAGCAGUGGAUGAACAUGCAGAGGAUGGAAGAGGCGCUGGGGUUGAUCGGAUUGUAGAGGUACAGAGCCAAUCUGUGCUGGAUGUGGAUGUGGGUGCAAGGCAGGCUGAGGCCCUUGGGACGGCCGAGACGGUGCCCAGCGACGUGGGCGACAAGGAGCAGGAGAUCGGAGUAACAGAGAAACGUGAGGAGGAAGAGAGAGGUGUGGCGAAGGCCCGUGCUGAAGCUGAGCAGAGGGAGGCUGAGAAAAAGGUUCAGGAUGACAUAGAAGAAGUGGAGACCAAAGCUGUGGGCACCUCACCCGAUGGCCGUUUCCUCAAAUUUGAUAUCGAGAUUGGACGUGGCUCAUUCAAAACCGUCUACAAGGGCUUGGACACGGAGACAACGGUGGAGGUAGCGUGGUGUGAACUUCAGGAUCGGAAGCUGUCAAAAUCUGAGCGGCAGCGCUUCAAGGAAGAGGCCGGCAUGUUGAAGGGCCUGCAACACCCGAACAUUGUCCGUUUUUACGACUCAUGGGAGUCGCCUUCCAAAGGCCGCAAGUGCAUUGUGCUGGUGACUGAGCUCAUGACGUCAGGAACCCUAAAAACGUAUCUGAAGCGCUUCAAGGUGAUGAAGAUAAAGGUGUUGCGGAGCUGGUGCCGACAAAUCCUCAAGGGCCUGCACUUCCUCCACACCAGAGCUCCUCCCAUCAUUCACCGGGACCUUAAGUGUGACAACAUCUUCAUCACCGGGCCCACCGGCUCCGUUAAGAUCGGCGAUCUGGGUUUGGCCACCCUCAAGCGCUCUUCAUUCGCUAAAAGUGUCAUAGGUACCCCUGAGUUCAUGGCGCCUGAGAUGUACGAGGAAAAAUACGACGAGUCGGUGGAUGUGUACGCCUUUGGAAUGUGCAUGCUGGAGAUGGCAACCUCUGAGUACCCGUACUCCGAGUGUCAGAACCCCGCUCAAAUCUAUCGCAGAGUCACCAGUGGAGUUAAACCUGGCAGUUUCGACAAAGUAGCCAUUCCAGAGGUGAAAGAGAUCAUUGAGGGAUGUAUUCAGCAAAACAAAGAUGAAAGAUACGCCAUCAAGGACCUUUUGAACCAUGCCUUCUUCCAGGAGGAGACUGGGGUGCGGGUGGAGCUGGCUGAGGAAGAUGAUGGGGAGAUGAUCGCCAUCAAGCUCUGGUUGCGCAUUGAAGAUGUCAAGAAACUGAAAGGCAAAUACAAAGACAAUGAAGCCAUUGAGUUUUCCUUCGACCUCCAUCGAGAUGUCCCAGAAGAUGUGGCUCAGGAAAUGGUUGAGUCGGGCUAUGUCUGCGAGGGUGACCACAAAACCAUGGCGAAGGCCAUCAGGGACCGUGUUUCUCUGAUCUGCCGCAAACGAGAGCAACGGCAGCAGGUGCGAGCAGAGCAAGAGAAACGCAAGCAAGAGGAAGAGCAGAAGCUGUUGUCCAGCGAGUCGUUGAAGAACGUGGUCGGCCCUUCUGCACAGAGCCAGUGCGGUUCCCAGCCUCCGACUCCUGGCUUUGUCCAGCCCGAGUGUGAGGAGCCCGAUGCAGACCAGCAGCUUCAGUACAUGCUAAGUGGAAUGACCUCGGCCGACGUGACGCUUGAGAGUGGUCAGGGUUCAUCCGUGUUCUCAGAACCUCACCUCAGCCAGCUAAGCAUGUCGUAUAGUUCUCCUGCAACAUCGCAACAGCAGCAGGUGCCUGGACAGGGCGCCUACCCUCCCAGCUCUCAAGCUCCCCAACAGCACACCGGAUACCCCCAGCAGCCCAUGCCACAAUCAGUGAGUCAGCCGUACGGUGGAGUAGGCUCAGGUCUGGUCGAGCCCCCGCUCUUUUUCCCCACCAUCCCGGAACGGCCCGUCUCAUUCUCCCCUCCGCCAUCUUGCGCGCCUAAAGCUUUCAAUGUCCAGAGGCGCAAGAGCACCUCCAUCCUAGAGGCCCACACUCGUCACUUCCAGCCCGCCUUCCACCGCAGCUACGGCAGCAGCCUGCACCCGUUCUCUGGCGUGGAGGCCCUUGGUGUCGGCGUCGAACCCGCCAUGUUCAUGAUGCCCGGGAUAGCAGCUCAAAGAUUGGCUGAGCCGCUUCACCUACAGCCCCCAGCGGAGUCGCUAUAUGGAUAUAAGGAUAUGAGGGCUGAGCAAGAGGAAACUGUACGCAGACUCAGCCUCAACCAGGCUGCAUUAAUGGACCAUCUUGAAGCCAUGGCCUACGGUGGCUACCCUAUGACUGCACAUCAGAUAAGCCAGAUCACCUUCCAUCAGCAAAUGCAAGCUGCUGCUGCGGCCGCCAGCUUGGCCUAUGAGACUCAAUCACAGCCUGGGACAGCUUACCUACACCCUCAUGUCCAAAGCCACAUGCGCUUAACCCACAGCCCCAUUCCGCAACUACCUACCAUGAGUGUGUCUAGCUCCACCUCUGCGCCCCAGCAAACCGCACCUGCAGAUCCAGGCUAUCAGCCCCACUCGUUUCCCCAUUCCGCACCACCCGUGCUGGCUCAUGCAUCUGAGCCGAGCACCGCCUUUGAAUUCCACAUGCACAACCUGCAGGCUGACCCAGCCAUGCUGGCAUCCAGACUCUACCGAGCCCGUAGGGGCUCCAUGGACCUUAACCUGGAGGAAGCGGCUGGAAACCCGGGAUUGUGCAGUCGACUGCAGCCCGUCACUGAAGAACUGUACAGCUAUGUGAGCCCGGAGAUGCCCCUUCCUCCAGGCAGCCUGCUUCUCCAUGGACCGAAAGAGCUCAGUCCUGAGCCUUCAAGCGACUCCAUGACCUCCUCCGAUGCUGGGGAGUUCCAAUCGCCUCCGCCUCAUCAACUGUACCAACCUCAAGACUGUUCUGCAGCUCAAUCCAUCCCACAAACUUCUUACUACAAAACGGAUGGCGGGAGCAAUGUCAGCGACGGACACCCACCUAGUCAACCGGUGUUUCUAUUCGUUCCACCCUCUGAAGCGUCCACCGUUCCAUCUUCACACAUCAGUGCUCUGCACACCACCUGGGCUCGUCAACCAUCUCUUCCACUGGACGUCACAUACCACGAGCCUGCCUUGUCCCAUCAGGGAGCUACCUUGGUGCAGGUCCCCAUCUCUCAGUCUACAAGUGCCAUGUCUAUGGUUUCCUGCAGCACCCCAACAGCCGCCUCUGCUUCUCAACAGUAUGGAGUUUACUACGUCCAAGCACUCCCUACGCAGGCUGCUGUUCCGCAACAGACCUCUCUGGUGCUGACGUCCCAACCGGGUGUCUCGCUACCCCAACAGGCUCCCAGCAGUGUAGUUCAGAGCAGCUCUCAGACGCAGGUCCAGCCCGGCCCCCAGCCCACACAGACAUCUCAGACUUUGACAACCGAGCUGUCACAACUCCAAACUCCUGCUGUGGAGAGCUGUCAUUCUGAUGUGGCAUCUGGGCUCAGUGAUGGCAAUGAAGGCGUAACGGGUGGCAGGCAUGAGGGUCGUUCUGCCAAACGUCACCAGCGCAGAUCAGUUCGCAGCCGUUCACGUCAUGAAAAGACGUCUAAGGCCAAGCUCAAUGUACUUAAUAUCUCCAGCAUGGGCGAUAGAGUUGCAGAGUGUCAAUUAGAAACGCACAACAGGAAAAUGGUGACUUUCAAGUUUGAUCUUGAUGGUGAUAACCCAGAAGAAAUUGCUCAGAUAAUGGUACAAAGUGAGUUCAUUCUAGAGACAGAGCGCGAGUCUUUCAUUGAUCAGAUCCGAGAGGUCAUAGAAACAGCCGAUGAGAAAGGUGUGGAGAGAGAGCGCAGCCAGAUGGUCAGUGAUCAUGAGCAGCAUAUGCCCACCACAUCGGUGCCACAAGGUGUGGCGUCUAGUUCAGCCACCCAGGUGGUGCACUCCGCAGGCCGCAGGUUUAUCGUCAGUCCAGUGCCUGAAUCUAGACUGAAGGAUCAGUUCUUUAGUGCACCCCCACCCACAAUCCCUCUUCGGGAAGAACCUUUAUCCUCUGUGUCAGUUGCAGUGCCUGUCUCGGGGCUUUCUGUGUCUGCGUCUGCAGUCAGUCUGCAGCAGGCAUUCUCUGAGAUGCGUCAAGGCCGGUUUGACCCGGGUCCCAGCACUGCGCCACCAAUGCUCCAUGUCUCCAUGCCCCCUCUGCUUCCUGCCGCAACACCCUUGCCCUCUAGCACUGCCCCUGUGGUCCCUCCCCCAGUUUCUUCUGAAGUGACCACUUCACCAUCUCUACCCUCUGUCUCCUUAAACCCUCCAGGGUCAUCGUCUCCUCCUCCUACCCUUCCCACCUCUGCAGUCACGUCCCCUCCAUCCCAUUCACAAAUCCCCCUGCCUCAAAGUCAGGUUGCACCUGCCAUCAUCAGUGUUAUUUCCACCCCUUCCUCUCUGCCAAUGCCAACUGUGACUGGCGCCACACCUUUCCCCCAGACCUCAGUCUCUAUGCCUGCACCUGCUAGCCCUGCGGCUAGCAGUGGCGAACAGCCAUCCAUCCCCUCAACUUCAGCUCAGCUCACAACAGCCACCAUCCCGACGUCGCAACUCGCAUCAUCCACCAUCACCGACACUGUCGCUCCCAUCUCUGGAGCUCUGACACCCGUGCACAGCCAGCCUCAGACCUCCACUGUGGCCAAUCAGAGUCACGCGCAAUGUGUGGAAUGUGACAGUGACCCGCAGGGAAAAGGCGUCGAUGACAUCCAGGCUUUGGAUAAGAAGCUGCGGUCACUCUUCAUGGACCUGGGCUCUGGUCUGCCCUCUGCCCAAUCUGAUGUCACAUCUGACCCCAUGGCUGCCCCAAGUGUCCCUGGCACCACCUCUCCAACUGCCUGCUCCACCCCAAGUGGCACCCCUCUCCCUCCCUCUAGCUUACCCCUCAACUCCUCCGGUCAGCCCACGGGCUCUCCAAUGACCUCCAUGGGCAAUGGCUCCACCCCAGUCGGCUACAGUCAGACGACUCCAUCCAAAGCGCCGCUAUCAAGACUACCGGUGUUGCCUGUCGGCCCAGAUCAGGCUGGCACGCCGCCCACAGAGCACCUACCACCCUUCCCAGGACCUUGUUUAACUCAGUCCCAGCAGCCCCUGGAGGAUCUAGAUGCCCAGCUGAGACGGGCACUGAGUCCUGAGACCGUCUCAAUCAGCAAUGUCACGCACCAGACAUCUCUUACUGGGAUGCCACUUGGAGGACAGCCAGUUCCGUGUGCUCUGGAUGAUGAGCAAGUGGCUGCACCUACAGUAGGAGGAUACAAACUGGGACGAUUCCAGGUGUCAGUAACUCCCGAUGAGAACGCCUCGCAAGUUCACACAGGCUCCUUUGACUCAUCCUCCACGUCAUCUUCUUCCACCACCUCCUCCUCUUCAUCUUCAUCCUCCUCUCUCUCUAGCCCCGAAAACACACUGCACCGCACCUCCUCUCCCCUCAGAGACACGAGAACAGAUGUCGUCGACGGCCUCCCUGCUCUUCCUAACCGGGUGGCAACCCACCCUCAGCCCACCACCAUUGGCCGUUUCCAGGUCACCACCAAAACAGACACGAAGGUGGGGCGUUUCUCAGUGAGUAGCGCACAGGACCAGGCCCUAGCAGCUAGCUCACAAUCCCCAGAACCCCAGCCAGCACCUCAAGCCCAUCCAGCCAUGGGCAACGGUCCAGCACAGAGUCCCGGGAGCCUCAACAACUCUGUCAGCUCCUACUUCAGCAGCGACAAUGACUCUGAGUUUGAAGAUGACGAUUUUAAGAGAGAAGUCAACAAGCUGAGGGAGAAGCACAUGAUAGAGAGUCAGGCCCUGUACUCUCGGCAGAAGGCUGAGAUUGAUUCCCUUUUUGCCCGAUUGGGCAAAGUUCCACCCGCCAUGGUCAACCCACCCGUGGUGUACCCAGCUGGCCGUAGACGGCGUCCCACCAAGAGCAAAAGCAGCAAAUCCAGCCGUGGUAGCUCCCAGGGCAGCAAGAGUCCUGUACAGCCAGCAACCAGCACUUUAUCAGCGCAGAGUGCUCCCUCCGUGUACCCUCCCCAGCAGGCCUUCCUGGGCCCUGGGGGGAUGAUAGAUGGGGGGAGUAGCCCUCUGCUCCAAUCCUACAAGCCCUCCCCCUCUAAUGAGAACCUGUGCUCCGUGUACACCAGUGACGCCACGCUCUCUGCGCCCAGUCUGUGUGUCACCUCGCAAGGCUGUGUAAAGUUCAGCUGUGGGUCGGAGAGAGUGACCUUCAAACCAGGUGGCAGGAGGACGCGUUUUCUGAGUACGCCCUGCUUGGCUCUUUGGAAGAUGGUGAAAAAAGUGUGCCCCUGCAACCAACUCUGUAGGACGAGCAGCACCAACACGGUGGCGGGAACCGGUCAGAAUCAAAACCAAGCGCCCGUCUCUCAGUCCCAGAGCUGCAAGGGCAUGUUCACAGACGAGCUGCACAAAUUAGUGGACAACUGGGCCAGGGAUGCCAUGAGCCUGUCGCAGGGCAAGAGAGGCUCCAAGCACCAACAACAAGUGGCGCCUCAGGGUCACAGCUACGACAUGGUCCCUCCUGCAAACAUGGGCCGUAAGUACUCGGCUCCGGGCCAGCUGUGCCCGAGCAUCGCUGCAACUUUGAGUGGCCACUCGCCCUUGCCCAACACUCCCGCUACCUCUCUGGGGACCCGGAAGGGCUCCUUGUGUCCCACGCCACAGUACACCUACCCCUCUGCCCCUUACAGCGCCCAGUGGGCUGGCUCUGCCACGCACACCCAGGCCGGUCUGCUGGCCACCUCGCAACCCCUGGGCCAAUAUCCCCAGGUGCCCGCUCCUUUACAGACCUUCCACAUCAGCACUUUGCAGAAGUCAGUCAGCCACCCGGGCGGACCCAACCUGAAGACCACGUAGGGCAGGGCCUAGCCGCGCCAGGCCGAAAUGACUCUCGAGUUGGAGGUGGGGGCAAUCAGGGGCGAGGGGGGCUGGGGAGCAAGUAUUUGAUUGCAUUGCAGAGAUUCGGUCAUAAGAGUUUCCUUUGGGUGAUUGAGAAGGAUCCUGCAUGCUCACGGAUACGCCACAGGGAUGAUGCACAACGACCCUAGGGAUAAGAGAGGACGAAAAUAAAACAAUGGACACUUUGAAUACAAUGUUACGUGGCCAAAGAAGGUGACCAUUUUUAUCGUUAAGGUGCGUGCAUCCUUCACCACCAGGGGCUUGACUUGUGUUUAGAGGUUUGCUGACCUAAGAUGAAAUGAACGCCACCUCCACCCAUCCCAGAAUCCAGCUAUCUGUAUAUCCUCUUGAUAAAUUCAUACAUCAAGCAUAUCACAAAACAGAAGUCGGGUGGGUGUUGGUGAGCAAACCGAGUGUCCUUGUUCCCCUCUUGCCCUAAACCCUCUGCUGCAAUGCCAUGGAAUAAUGCAAUAAUUACAAUGGUAGAAAAAAGCCCAUUUUAAAACACAGGAAGUGGCCUUCAUUAGAUAAAAAAAAAAAAUGUACAGAUAUCCUUUGUUUUUAAAUUGGGUUAUUAGGGUUUCGAUUCCAUUUGCUUGCUUGGUUGGUUGGUUGUUGUUUUUUUUCCCUAUGCCCUUCAAGCCGGCCUUGUGUAGCAGAAUGUUAGGGACUUUUUUUUUUUGGUCACAUGUUUAGAGGCCUUUCAUCUGCCCCCAGGGGUUGUACUACCAAGCUCCUACAGCUCCCAGCAUGCUUUGCAGCACCUUCACACACUUACGGUUUUCUCAUUGGGCCACACCACAAGGUGACGUGUAAUAUAGUGGAUACAAUCAGUUGGAUUGGGGUUUGGAUACGAAACCAGGGGUUGCGGGACCGUGCGCCACGGAGGCCCGUGAAGCUUUAAAUCUAUGACUAAUGUAACAGCUUUUUCUAAUCAUGGCAGCAUUAGGGGCCUCUUACGAUAGUCUGAUCGAAUAAGAAGUCGUGUUCUGUAUGGACCUGUAUUUACUCAUCAGUUUUUGAUGUUAAAACACUGUGAUUAUUAUAAAUGUUGUUGGACAACAUUAGCUAAAAAGAAAAGUAGACAACAAAACAUGAAAUUUUGGAGGGUUUUGGAUAUUAGCAAGCAUUCAUGAGAUGUAAGGCUAGCUUAUCUUAUUGGAGACACUUUAACCCUUUUCCCCUUUCUACUUUCUUUAUAUUAUUAGAUAAAUGUGAAUGUAAAAUGGAUUCAAUUAAUGUACUUGAAGAAACAAAUCUUUCCCCUUUUCCCUAUGCCCAGUGAGCUUUCUGAAGAUUCUAGUGCCUUGCGUUAUUUUUUUAUUUUAUUUUUAUUUUCUUUGCUUCAGGGUUUGAUAAAUAAGGCAGCGGAGAGUCUGGUUGGAGUGCUGGUCUUUGGACUUCACAGAGGGCGAAUAUUAAUAUAUUGCGUAAACGAGGUGUCGUCUGAACCCAUUUGUUGGCACAGUCCUAGCCUUUAGGCAGAGUUGCAAAAAGCUUCUUAUAGAAAGUGUACAAAUACAUGAUCCAGCCAUUAUAUCACAUUCAAAGGCUGUGAAAGUACGUGAGGUUUGAGUUUUUUAGAUCAGUCUGAGUGUUCCUAUCAUCAGUGCACCCUUGCUAGCAUAACCACGGUGUCUUUAUUUUACAGAUGGAUUCUCAUGAGCAGCUCUUGUGAAGGUGAGGGAUCGGCUCAGAUAGAAACGCAGGAUGAGGGAAGUUAGUAGGCAUGAUGGGACAGUAUGUUGUAAGUAUUUCAGAACCUCCAAUAGAUUAGAUGUUUUAGACACCAUCCAGUGUCAAACCCUCUCCGGUGAGCGUAGACUGGCACGUUUUACUCAUUUAGCAACAGCAAGUGUAACUUCACGAGUGAGAAAAGGACCAGAAAGGUGAGAAAAGACAGUUAGCAACCCUCACCGACACAAGAGCCAAAGCAGCACUGUUGAAUUCGACUGAUUUCUCAUCAAACCUCUUCUUUUUAACUCACACUGCCCAUAUAAGUUCUCAUGUCAAUCGGUUUUAUGGCAGAUCAGUAGCUUCUUUUGGGGGAUCUCUCUCUCUCUCUCUUUGUAGCAGUCGGUCAAAUCACUCUUGUAAAUGCUUUGGUUAAUUCUAAAUGCUAUUAACUGCAUUAGACCUGCCUACGUUUUAGUUUCGCGUUUUGCACGUUCGACUGUGCAAAAGUAAAGAGAGCAGUCCUGAUUCACCAGAGACGAGAGCAUUUUAUUUGGGGUACAGAUGCUCUCAUCACCAUAACUACUGAAAGGACUACGAUUACAACUGCUUAAUGUGUUUUCCGUGAAACGUGUGGCACAGGAACGUAACUUUAGGUCAACUGUACAGUGUAGAUUCUCAACUGGCUCUCUAUAUUUAAAAUACGAUAGUUUUACCUUUUGCUUUGUACACAACGCUUUACCUGUAGACAGCUCGUUUUUACCCACUUUACGUCGUUCGGUUCAUUCAAACUGUGAACACAUCAAAAGGUCUUUAACAAAGAGGUCCCACCUGCUCAGUGUUCAGACUAAUGAAAUCUGUAAUGCUACAUUCUGAGUGCCAUGUCCCUGCUCCAGAUACAAGUGUUAAGAAACAGGUCAUCCUGUUCGACUGUAGAGGGCGCUAAUGUAACUGCAAUGCAGGACCUUCAACAUUUAAAUGAGAUUCACCUCUGACCUCUGAUGUGAAUGAUAACAGCACCUUGAAAAAUACAAAAACCUCUUCUUUAUCCUUCACUUUACUUUGACAAAAUUGUGUUUGUAGCAUGCUGAUGUGCGAAUGAGCCAUUCAGUAUCGAUACACAUUGUGAUUAAUUAUUAUUUCUUAUUUGUUUUGCAUGAUACUUAAGUUACACAGAAAAAAAAAAAUGCACACAAACUCACUCAAAAAGUAUCUUGUUGAAUGAAAGCCUCCUUUCUAGUCGCUCUCCUGUGGAAAGAAAUACAACAGAACAAUGUUUACUUAAUGCUACUGACCUGUCAUUAAGUUAUUUUGGGUUUUUUUACUGCUAUCUGAUCCGCUUGUUUUGCUGUCUUUUGAGUCUCUGGAUUUUCUUCUGGCGACUUUCAUAUAUUUAACAUUGUACAAAAUGUUAAAAAAAAUUCCUUAAAAUGAAAACCAAACAAAAACAAGUAGGGAAUCAUCUGCAAUGUUUAACUGUCUGUUUUGCACUAAGUAUAGGGUGUUCAAGCUUCAUAUAAAACUGCGCUUUGCGCUCCAAUAAAACAGCAUUUGUUACCUUAUUUGUAAACUUAAUAAAAGUCAUUUAAAUAAAUCAA